ACAACCAAUGGUCACCUUUCGGGUUAUUCCUCGAACGCUAUGUUUAGACUUCAAAACUUCCCCUUGAAGUUGUCUAAGACUAGAAGCGAAAAAUACUAUCGGGGAGGUUUGAUACAUAACCUCAUAUUUGUACUACUCGGACGUUUAUAACCAACCAUGUCGAGGACGAACAACGAUUUUGAAGGCUUUCCACUGAACACUGAGGACAUAGAGCAAAUCAUAACAGAUCCAGGAUCACUGUUGGAUAGUACUAAUCUGCUGGGCUUUGGAGAUGAAGGUAUGAAUAUAGGUGUUCCUGAUACUACAAGCAUUCAUACAAUGUACAACCCACAAUUGCCAAAUGGAACUGCUGUACGUCCAGCACCUCCAAGUAGGCCAAGACGACCUGAAAAUCGGCCAGGGGAACCUUGGGUAGAAAUCGUAGAACAACCAAAGCAGAGGGGUCUUCGUUUUAGAUAUCAGUGUGAGGGUCGAUCUGCAGGCAGCAUUCCUGGUGAACACAGUACAAAUGAAAAGAAGACCUUUCCCACAAUUAAAAUUCACAACUACAAGGGGCAAGCAAUCAUUGUAGUGUCCUGUGUGACAAAAGAUCCAGAGCCUCACUGUAAACCACAUCCCCAUUCUCUGGUGGGGCGUGACUGCAAGAAGGGAGUGUGCACGGUCAGGGUCAAAGAUGCCUCUGUUGUGAGCUUUCCACAACUUGGAAUACAGUGUGCAAAAAAAAAGGAUGUUGAAGGAGCACUUUCGCUAAGGAAGGAAAUCAAUGUGGAUCCUUAUCAGACUGGAUUUGACCAUGCAUCUUCAAACAUCGAUCUAAAUGUUGUGCGGCUCUGUUUCCAAGUUUUCUUACCUGAUGCAAGUGGACAAGUGACAAGAGUUGUGCCCCCUGUAUCUUCACAUCCAAUCCAUGACAAAAAAGCUUUGAAUGACCUGGUCAUUUGUCGGGUUGAUAAAAGUUCUGGAAGAGCCAGAGGGGGAGAUGAGGUAUUUUUGUUGUGCGAGAAGGUUGGAAAAGAUGACAUACGAGUUCGAUUCUUUGAAGAGGAAAAUGGAGAACCAGUCUGGGAAAGCUUUGGUGAUUUUGGACAAGGGGAUGUGCAUAGACAGUAUGCUAUUGUCUUCAAAACACCUAAGUACAGAGAAGAAUACAUCACUCGUCCAGUUAAUGUCAGCAUGCAGUUGAUGCGUCCUUCAGAUGGCGAACUUAGUGAUGCUAUCCAGUUCACAUAUAUGCCAGAAGAUCCAGAUCCAGACCGUAUUGAGGAGAAAAGAAAAAGGAAAGGAGAUUGGUUGAAUCGAGUUAUUACAAGCUCAGGUUCUAGUGAUGGCCAUAGCAGCAGCAACAGUAGUGUAAAAGAAAGUCUUCGGCACAAGUUGAAAGCAAAUCGCCGAAUCAAGCAGGAAACAACCAUGGAGACAGACCCUCAGGGAGGAACCUCCAUGAGCUCACGUGGUUCAUGUUCCUCCCUUGAGCCCCUGUCCAGUACUUCACCUUCAUUCAGCCGAGACACAAGCAUAGUCCAUGUCAUCAGCAAUCCACCUGGACAAAUGCAGCAGCCCUUUGCUGUAGGUGCAGCCAAAAUGGCUCAGCAAAUUCAGCAUUCUCAGCAACUACAGCAGCAGCAGCACCCGCAACAUCCUGCAACAAUGAUGUCAGGCACAUCUGGAGCCAGUGGAGGCAGCCAGCCUGGAAGUUUAGACAGCCUUCUGAAUUUUCUUAGCAACACUCCUAUUCUUCCAAGUGAACUGCUUAGUGCCAUUGAUCCUUCUGCCAUCCAGUCUCUCCUGGACUCUAAUGUGUCUUUUUCUUCAGCAUCAGAUGCAGGUGGCUCCAGCCACCUGGGUGACACUGCACACGAUCCUGGCAGCCACUCAUUGGCUAGUGCAAUCCAUAAUGGCAUGAUUGGCAUGGACACUGAUCAGCGGGCGCAGUUUCUGGAGGUUCAAGCAGCGCUAGAAGCACUUAACAAAUCCUCAUAAACUUACAGCACUGCUACAGUCAGCUUGUUGGCUGUGCUUACAAAACAACAAGAUGGCAUAGGAAUGAAGUUGAAGGAGUUCAAAAACUCACUCUAUUUGAGCACUGCCACAACAUGAGCAGCAUGCUGGUCUCAAUGAUGUUUAUUCAUCUCAGUUGGCAAGGAGGGGGAGACCUACUUUACAAAAGUGUGCAUGUGUGAAGCAUUUAAGUGGGCAUUUCAGAGCCAUUGACUUCUCCCAUUUUUACUCAUGCACUUUGUGUUAUCUGAGGUGAGCAUUGUCAUCUUCAUGUUAUGAUUAAAAAUGACCAUUAUCCCAGGAUACAUAAAAUCUAUGUGCAGCAGGAUUAUAACAGUUGCUGAAGGUCUUGGACCAUCUAGCAUAUCUUCAAACUUCUGAAGCUCGUGUGGUACAAAGAUAGUUAUCUUGGAGCAAUUCAUACAGGACUGGUUUACAGCAGUGUUUUGAAAUUAGAGCCUGCUAAUUGAAGCAGUUAAUGCAUUAAUGGCAUGACAUUUCUAAAACAACAGUGUUUGAUGUGUUACCAUUAGUACACAGUUGUGCAUGUUAAAUUGUUAAAUAAUAUGUGUGAGACAUGCCUCAAUGAUAUGUGAAUGCACAUAUGGAUUCUAAUGCACAUAAUGGGGGUGUGCAUGCAGUAAUAAUUUUUCCACAUUAUAACUACUUGAAAAGGAAGUAUGGUGACAAGAGUUGGCGCUUAGGAAUCAGCACUUAAAAAGAAUGCCUUGAGAAUUAAGAAAACAAGAAAAGUUUGGAAGGAGGGGGAACAAGUUGCACUACUUGUUUGUUCUCUAUCAAAUCAUAUUCUCCAGCCAUAAUUCUCGGCUGUCCUGGGUUCAGCUCUCGUUUCUAGCAUGCUGUUCUUUCUCUGCAUGUGGCAUCUGUUUACACGGCUGACUGCCUUGCCAUGAUAUAGCCUUAGUUUCUGGCUCAGUGUAAAACACCAAUCCCACUACCACCCCUCCCCCCAGCCAUAAUUCUCACAUCUCACCCAAACCUCCACCCACCCCAAGAAAAAAGCAAAACAGCAAAGCAAGGCAGUGAUUAUCAUACUGAUGUAAAUAGUUUUUCAAAAUGGUAAGCAGCAAAAUAUUUUGAAACCUUGGCAUUUCCAAGAAAAUGCCUUUAUCUUGAUAUAGCUACAUUAGUGCAGAAGUCUGAGCUGCAUCUAAAGUUGUGAGGUGUACAGUGUGUACACAAAAAAGUAUUCCUGUCUGGAAGUAUAUACUUUCUCUUCACAAGUUACCUUUCUAUGGAAACUUUUUGGGGGAGGUUACUGCUCCCUUUCUGUUUGUCUUUUUUUUUUUUUUAUAUAUAUAUAACAGGUUAGUCAUGCCAUCUCUUAUGUGAAGAGAAGUUGGUGAGAAGGUAUAAAGACUUCUUGUAUUGUGAUUCAGUGUGUUUUGAAUUUUUAUUGGGCAGUUUGUUCUGUAUGUGUUUUUUCACAUUGCAGUUUUUGGAUGAAGAUGUAGAAUUGCAUUCCAUUAAGACAAAUGUAUUCUAGUUUUUGUGUUAGUUAAAUGAGGAUGAUGCAAAGAAAGUGAUGAGCAUGGCUUCCAUCUCUGCACUUUAUGAUUGUGCAACCUCCUUCCUGUAUAACAACUUGUUACAUGCAGAAUGCAGUUUCUUAACAUACAGGACGUGUUUUAGGCAUAACAUACUGAAACAAUUCAAACCGAAAUGAGAUGAAUGCUAUUAUGCUGAUGAAAGCUGUUGCGUGUUGAUUUAUGACGAAUUUCAUUGCUUUUAUGCUUCACACUUUCGAAUAGAAAAGUGGAGGUACCUUAAGUAGGCAGGUGGUUUGUUCAUAAAUCAGACUUUAAUGCUUUCAUCUGUGCGAGGUUUUUUUAUUUGUAUUUUCCCACUUUAGAUUAACUCUGCUGUUUUCUGUUAUUUCUGGCACAGAAAAGAUAUAAAAGAGCAUGUCCAAGUUGUUAGCUACAGAGUGGUGAUGGUUUGCAAAAUUGCAGAGUUAUGUGUGUUUGUGCGUGUGUGUGCAUGUAUGUGUGCAUGUAUGUGUGAGUAUACCUGUAGAAUUGUUUUCAGGAAAUGUCACUUUGAAAAGUACGUAAAUAUUCGGUUGAAAUAUCAAAACAAAGAAGGAAAAAAAGUAUUCAUUGCAUGUUGGUGCUGAGUUUUUAUUUAAAGAAAAUUAAAUUGCUGAUCAAGCAGGUACUGUCAUUAUUUAUCAGACUGAGUUAAGGUCAUGUACUGCAAUGAAAAUGAUAUUAUAAUUAGCUGUUUAAAGAUUUCAAAAGUAGCAAGAAAAAAUUAGAACACUAGCUGAGACAACAAAAUUUCUGGUAGAUCCAUUUAGUUACCUAAUGAACAUAGUUAUAUAUUGAAUGUAAAACAGGCUUUAUAAGCAUAUUGUAUAUAAUAAUAAUAAUGUGAACUUGCAGUGUGCAGCAUCACGAUCAAGAUAAAUUACACUCUCUGCUCAGACCAAUAAUGGUAAAUGAAAGAUUACAGCCAGCAGACAGAGAGGUAUGUAUAGAGAUGUUGAACAAUGUCAAGAUGAGGUACAAUAGUAGUGCUAUUUCUGGUUUAGGUAAUUUUAGAUAACAGGUUAGAACAAACGUAGGUUAAGAAAAUGGCUUAAUAUAUGACUUGAAAUUCUAUUUCUUGCUUUUUAUCAGUUAUAAAUUGACAUGAAAAUUUAGCUGCACGGAUAAAAAAGAAUUAGCCUAAAGUAGAAGUGAAUAAAAAGCCAUGGUUCUAUGUAAGUGUUUGGUGUAUGAUUUAAGUGAGUAGUAAUACAUUUUAAAGUUGAGUGAACCAGAAAAAACUUAAUUGUGAAACAUUGUAUGUACAUAAACAGUUACUGUUAAUUUGCAAAUAAUAUGCACACAAAUUAAAGAGGAGAAUAAUCAUAGCAUUCUUAACUCAUCUGUCCCAUCAAAAAAGAUACAUCCACUGCUCAUGCACAAUUUCGUAUUUGCUGGUUUGUGGAAGAGAAAACAGAAUGAGUUACCAGCAAGAAACUGCAUUUGACAAAAAAAAAAAACUGCCUGUUUUUUAUGAGAUAUUGUUGGCUCUAUUUUUCUUUUGUUAAUUUUUUAGUGAAAUGGCUUCUGUAAUAAAUUAUGUUCAGUAUGUA